AUGUCUCGAAAACCCACCGACGUGCCCUCAAAAGAGCGUAACGAAUACAUCCCGUCGUUUAUUGCGCAGAAACCAUUCUAUAUCGACGACGAAUCCUCGGCGGCAGAUUAUCUCGAGCAUCAGCGUCUGAAAAAACAGGCUGCAGACUCGAAAUGGUACGAUCGAGGGAAGCGCGCAGGGCCUGCCGCCACCAAAUAUCGAAAGGGUGCUUGUGAGAACUGCGGUGCGAUGACACACAAAACAAAAGAGUGCCUCAGUCGACCUCGAAAACAAGGAGCGAAAUGGACAGGAAAGGAUAUCCAGGCAGAUGAGGUCCUUCAAGACGUGGACCUGGGCUGGGAUGCGAAGCGAGAUCGUUGGAACGGCUACGACGCUAGUGAAUAUCAAAACGUCGUUGAAGAAUAUGAGGAACUUGAGACCCUCAAAAAGCAGACAAAGAAGGCUGUUGGUGGCGCUGAAGAUAAUGACGAAAGCGACGGCGAAGGUCAGGAAGAGGCCCGGUAUGCGGAGGAGUCUGAUAUGGGUCGACAACAGAGUACGGCGACCAGGAAUCUUCGUAUCCGUGAAGAUACUGCCAAGUAUCUUUUGAACUUGGAUCUCGACUCAGCGAAAUAUGACCCAAAGACGCGUUCGAUGCUUGACUUGGGCGCACAAUCCGAUCAAGCGUCCGCUCUCGUUGCCGAAGAGAACUUUAUUCGAUCAUCCGGAGAUGCGGCAGAAUUCGAAAGAGCGCAAACCUAUGCAUGGGAAUCCCAGGAACGCGGUGAUAAACAGCACCAUCUUCAGGCGAACCCAACGUCGGGCGAGAUCCUCCGGAAACGAGAAUUGGCUGACACUGAAGCGAAGCGUCAGGCACAACGGAAAGCUCUUUUUGACAAGUAUGGUGGCGAAGAGCAUCUACAAGCUGCGCCAUUACGCGAUGCCGCCGUCAUUGAAAAUGAGAGAUUUGUUGAAUAUGACGAAACAGGUGCCAUCAAGGGAGCACCUAAGAAGGCUGUCAAAUCAAAAUACGCAGAGGAUGUACUUACCAACAAUCACAAAUCGGUAUGGGGAAGUUGGUGGUUCAAUUUCGAAUGGGGCUACGCUUGUUGUCAUUCCACAACCAAAAACAGUUAUUGUACUGGUGAGGACGGGCUCAGGGCUGCUAAAGAUGUACGCAGCUUGGCAAUCCUCGACGCCGCAGAGCAAAAUGGUCUUGAAGAGCAGGCACAAGAAGAAGAAGAAGAAGAAGAGAAGCCCCGCAAUGUGGAUAUUGAUAGUAAGAAGCGGGAUCUCCAUGCCCUUCAUCAGGGAAUCGACGAAGAGGAGCUCGAGUCGUAUAAGCGAAGUCGUAUGGAUGCAGCCGACCCCAUGGCUGCAUUCUUAGGGAAGGAUGAGUUGAUUCAGUAG